CCUUGAUAGACGUCUCAGCGGUUGGAAAUACAACUCAAAAGAAAAUCCCCCACAAACCCCCCAAAAAAAAAAAACGCCAGUCGCGAAGAAAAGCCGCCGCUAUCUUCGCUUUCUUUGCGGCCAACAGAGAAAAACAAAAGAAACCGAAACGAAGCGAAUUUUCUAAAAACAAUAACACUUAUCGCGGCUCUGAUUGUUUUUGUGUUGUUUUGUGUGCUGGCACGAGAUGAAGAUGUUUCAAAAAUGCUGAAAAACGUGCAGAAAAUGUUGCCGCAGAAAUGUGUGAAAAUGCCAGCAGAUGCAAAGUGAAGUUAACCAAGUUAAAGGCAAAAAAAGAAACCGCUUAAGUUUAUGUGUGAAAAGCAAUCCUGGGAGCUACCUUGUCAGGAAAAUUAACGGCCAAAGGUGUUAAUUUAUUCACCAAUUCCAACGGGCUCUGCUUUGCAGCUGCGCCGUAGAAUCCCCCAGAGUGCGCUUCAUCCAGCUAUGUUGCUGUUAAGAUGCGGCUCCAAUCCUUACCGCUGUUCCUUUUGCUCAUCUUCAUCAUCAUUCUCUUCCCGCCCGCCACGCCCACUUCGGCGCCCCGAACGGCCACCCAUCCGCGGGUGAGGAACCACUUUACCAGUCCAGACACCAUCGAGGAUCCACUGAUGCCGGCCAGCUUGCUGCUGGAGGAACUGCAGCAGACCAACGGGCAGCUCGUCAAUCUCACACGACAUCACGAUGGCGAUACCUUCCACACGAGCGGCCUGAGCAGCGCCUGCAAUGCGGACACCUGCAUCGGACUCUCGAGCGGCACAGCCUCGCUGGUGCGUAUGUCCAGCGAUGGCGGGAACGAUGGACUCAAUCCGGCGACCUCGUCUCUGGCCGGCGGUCAAAUGGAGCUGCUGACCCGCCGUCUCAAGAUGCAAAAGGGUCGUGGUCAAGUGGAUAAUCCUGAUGCGAGUGGAGAAACGGGAUGUACUUGCAAGUGCCUUCCCUACCAGAGGGCCUAUCGCGAGGAUUUGGGCAUCUGCGUGGACGACAUCCAUGAGUGCUCCCUGUCGCCCUUUGUGAGUGGUUCCUCCUCGGAAAAGAUCCCAUUUGUCUUCCUGCCACUUAAGGGUCAGAUCAUCUAUCCCAGCAGGGAGAUUAGUUUUGCCAGCAUUCAUACACCAGUUUGUGCUGUAACCGGAGCUCAGUAUCUGGGUUCCAAUGGCUGGUCGGAUCUGCGGAACCCCAUCGACACGGAUUAUCCGUUUCGAAUGUUUCGGGAUGAGGGACGCAGCUUCCUGCUGUGGCUGGGUGAGGCUGAUCUGCGCCAGAAGAUGCAGGGUCGCCUGAUAGUGGUGCACUUGGUGUGCCGAGAUAUGACGGUGGCCAUGAAUGCCAGUAGCCAUGUCAAGGGUGAACCUCUGAUGCCGCCCAGAAAUGUGCACUCACCUUGUGUUGCCUUCCGGGUGAAUGGAAGUCCCGUGAAAUAUGCGCACAACGUUCCCGAGGUCUUCUUCCAGCCGGCCAAUUCCACCACUUUGGCCUCCACUUCCGAUGGCAUGACCAUGCGGGAAUACGUGGUGAUUGGGAUCUGCAGUCUUCUCCUGGGUCUCAUCUAUGUGGCCUCCGUGUUUCUAUAUCUUUACAUGAAGAAGCGCAAACGUCACAGCUCCCGUCAUUCUCUAGACAACCUGACCAACGACAUUAACUAUCCCAAGAACGAUCAAGUCACUUAUGGAGCACCCUUCAGUCGAGUGGGCAGCAUCUACUCCUCCAAUAGCAUGGGUCUGGGUAAUGGUAAUGAGUCCAAUACUCGAACCAGUAUCGGCAGCCUGAAGGAAGAUAUGGGAAUCGUUAAAAAUAAUCCCUUGCUGCAGCAUUUUCCACAACUGAGCGAAAGGGAGCACAACUCCGGUUUCGCCAGUGAUAUAUCCAAUUCGAACUCUGAAUGUGAAAUGGAGGAGAAGAUCAAGACAUCUGUACUGGUGCAUCCACAGUUGAGUAAAUCACCAAAACCAACGGGUGGCGCAGAUAAUGCCGCAAUGGAUGUGGAUGAUUUCCUGCAGGAUAAUGAGUGCCUGCCCGCCGAAAAUGUGGCCGUAAUUGAUGAGCUCAUGAGCGAGGAAAAGCUGGAGAAUCUGCGAGCCAUGGUCAGUGGAAAUGUGCGCAAGAAACUCUACUUCAAUCCGGCUUAUUUUGAGCCCCAUCUAUUGGCGGAACCGCCUCAAGCUGCCAUUGAGUUUCUGCAGAAGAUCCGCGAGGUCAUCGCCAUUGCCAAGUACAAGAUGGCCUCGAAGCGCUACCAACCCUCUCUGAAUAUAAUUCCCGAGGAACUGCAGCCGGAUUCGAGCUCCAGUUCACCCACCAUGUACAACAUUCCGCUGCAACAGAAUUUGGCGGCCAAGGGAAUGGGGGACAAGCGGAAUAGCAUCGAACAGUGGCUGCAAAGUGUGCCCAACUCAGAUGCGCCUCCGGCUCAGAAGACCCUCGAUAGACCCGGUCCAUCGACGGCUAAGAAGGCAUCGGGAUCUCCCAACAAGGGUUCAUUGAGGAAAGAGAUAACCGCACCCAAGGAACGACCACCACCUCCCCCGAUGCAGAAAUCUAAAACAGAAAAUAUGAAGUCCUCCUCACCAGCGUCAGCUCAUGGUUCACAAUCUAGCCGGAGUCCCGGAAAGAAUAGUCCGGAGCAAAUGGCCAAGCCCAAGACUCCUGUUGGCAACAGCACCUAUGAAGGUUUCUCCUCCUUUUCGGUGGCCGCCAAUGUCUACGGAUUUGCAGAGACCGGAGGGGAGAUCUACAAUAAUCCGAAGUUUAUGUUGGCCGAUUCGCCGGCGGCCUCCUUACGCAGCACCUCCAGUCGCUCCAAGUCGCUGAGGAAGCGCAGCGAGGUUCUGGAUCAGUUCGCCGCAGCCAAUUCCACGCCCACAUCUCUAACCUCCUUCGAUCGGCAGCACUACAAUAUGCUGCGCAACAUGAAACCCGCGGAGGUCUUAUAUGAUUCCCUAAAACGCGAAUAUGCAGCUCAUAUUCCCACGCCCGAUUAUGAUAGCACCAUAGAGAAGAGAAUCAAGGACAUCUAUAGUAGCACGCAGAGUAGCAUUCCAUCGGUACCCACUCCGGAUUACAGCUCCCUCAGUCGCAAGUCCCUCAAACAGUUCCAGCCAGACUCACCGAUCUACAGGAGAAAGUCCCCGCAAUAUCUGAUUGUAGACUACGAGACGGAUAGUCUGGAACGCCUGGAGCCCAGCAAGCGCAAGAGUUCCCACUCAUCCAGUUCCCCAUCCUCGGAUGUGAGUUCCCAGCUGAGUCCCAGCUUGAGCACUGCUCUGCCACUGGAGGAGGAGAUGGAGAUCAGUCAUACGGUUUACGAUCGCCUCGACGGAUUUCGAAAGGAGGGCGAGAUGAAGAAGCGUCUGGCGGCGAAACACCAGCACCCACAUCCUGGCCAGCAACAGAGACAGAAGGAGGCGGCAGCUCGGAUCAAAUACGAUACGCCCUUUCGGGGCAGCAUGACCAUCGAGGUGGAGCAUGAACCCCCUUCCGAUCUGGAGCGCACGGAUAGCGAUCAAUUCGAGCCGGAUACCCUGGAUCGCAAGCCCAAAAAGCAGAGCUUUUGCGACAUUUCAGCUUGGGAUGGCCAUAAGCAAAUGGAUUCGGAUUUCAAUCAGAUCAAUUCCCUGCCGGAUCUGAGUCGCCAGUUGAGUCCUGUGCCCAGUCAGGCCAGCAAGCCCAGGACCGCCUCCUUCAUUCUGCGAUCCAGUAAUUCAUUCAAGAACUUGAGAGAGAUCUACGAGUCGCCUUUGAUCGCCCAGGAGAACGGAAAAUAUGAGAAGAGAGUUCCGCAGACGCCGGAAGAAGAGGGUCGCAUUCUCACCCUGGAGGCCAAACAUUCCCGUCGUCAGCGUCUAAUGGAGACCUCGCCCACCCACUCAGUGGUGGACAUCACAAAGGUGAACAAGACCACCAUCACGAUUUCCUCACCCAAGCCGGCGGAAAAACCUCCUCCACGACCAAAGUCCAAUCAGCAUUACUGUCCACCGUUGGUGCAAGGCAAGCGUCCACUGCCACCACCUCCUCCAAACUUAUCCCCGGAGAACCAGGCGCCCGAUGAAGAUGCCUACAGUCUGCACAGCGAGAUCACCGAGGUCACUGGGAUCUCAGAGUUCGAGAACUCGUGCAACAACACUAUGUCGAGUGCUAUAUCAGCAACCACUGAAGAGAGAACUCACAUAAAGGGUUCCAAGACUCCCAAGAUCGGUGGUAAGUGCCAGGAAUCAGAAGAUUACGAUGGAAUCUACAACAAAAAGAUCAAUAGUCUGCGCAACGACUACAGUCUGACCAAGUAUCUCAAUCGACGGAAGAGUCAGCGUGAUGAGGCCUCGAAAGCUGGACCGGAUGCUCCAAAGGACGUCCCCGAGCCGGAGUUCAGUAGUAGCAAUAAGAACCUGAAGGAGGUGGAUCUCGCCCAGUUCGAUGCCCUGUCUAUUAGCUCCCGUUCCAAUCGGAGCAGUGGUCAUCUUUCCGAGCGCACCAAGGAGAUGUAUCGCAAUGCCGGCGUACCAGUGGGCAUUGCCUAUCCCCAGCGGGCGGCCAGCAGUUCAGGAAGUGCCAAUUCCGGCGGAAAUGUCCAAACCGUCUAUCGGUGUGAGAUCGAGCAGGCCCAACUUACGGCGGGGAUGCAGAUUGCCAUUGGCUUGAAGGACCGAGCCAAGAAAGCCAAGGAUCUGAAGAAUGCGUGGCGAAAGUUUGUGACCAUGGCGGCCAAUAAGUUCAGUCCCAGCCAGAGUCCUGCACCGACUUAUGGCAGCAAAAACCCGGCCGGAUUUCUGGAGGAUGAUAACAUCGCCUCCAUCAUCGAGGAUGCCGCCCAAUCCGCUGGAAUGGGACAACCUGGUAGCCAAACCUACUAUGAGCAGCGUUUUGGACAACUGGACAGUGGGUACAUGAGCACCGAUUCCACGGAGCUGUACAAGCGAAAUGUCUACGAUCGGUACAACUUUAAGAUGCUGUCUGGACGGGGACAGAUCAUCCGGGUGGACACGAUCGAGGACAACGAGGAGGAAAGCGGUCCAAACGACAAUCGUUUCGAGGAUCUCGAACAUAUGGUCUCUCCGGGUCACAGUCGUCGAUCACCGGAAAAUAUGGCAGUAGUUGCUGGCGAUCUGAGCGAUGCGGAUUCGGACAAAACACUGACUCGUUCCCACUCCCAAACGAAUUCCCAGGAGCACAAUGUGCGGGGUAGCACCACCACGAUGUCGUCCUAUUCCUCGGAUGAAAAUGGACGAGGUCGCAGCACCUGUUGUGGAUCCUCGGAAACGGACGAGGAGACCAACGCGGAGGACAUGUGGGAGUCCGGGGCGGAGAGCAUAGAAACGCACUCCGUGCUCUACAAGAUGAUUAGGAAAAGUUAGUUAUAAAUAUCGCCCAAGAGGAAAAACUAGUUUCUAGGGACGUGCAAUAUCAGAAGCAGACGAAAGACUUCCAUUUUAAGAUUAAGAAACGCAAUAGCAACAAUCAGUGCAAUAACUC